GCUCUUCUUCAUAUUUCUCUUUCUGCUCAAGGUCCACAGCACGCAUGGUCGACAUGUCGACCCUCCUCUCCUUCUGACAAGUACUGCCAAUGCUCUCAUCUGCCUGUCGGAUCAUCUAAUUUCCCUCUCCUUCUGAUCUCCCGCCGCAAUGCACUCCGGACUUAAGCCAGCCAUGCCGCAGUAGUACCACGCACCACGCACCACGCACCGCCUCUGUCCCUCUCCACGACCUCUUCCUUGUAGCUCCCCACUGCGCCGUCCGUCAUGCCCCGUUCCAGCAGUCGGGAGCACGCCGGCCGGAGGCGCAGUCUCUUUGGCAUUCCCUCAUUCACCCAGAUCCACCCAACUACCACGACCCGCGACUCUCCGGACAAGCUGACCAGCGACAAGGACAAGGACAAGGACUCUUCUAAGACGCUGAAAAAGCGUCGCGGCCCUACCCUCAUUGCCAACCUCGAAUCCUCACCUGAGCUGCUCCACGAUGACGAUCCCUCACCCUUGUCGGCAAACACGCUGCCUUCUCCCAAAGCCGUGACCCGUCCGACUCUGAGCGUCCGCAGCGGCAGUCGCCCCGUCUCCUCCGUCUUUGGCUCUCUCCGCUCCAUGCGAUCCAUGCACGAAGACGACACUCCUUUGUCCACCACCUCUAGCCGUACCCCUUCCAUCAAUUGGGCCGACUUCGAUGCGACCCAAUUCCAGAAAAGAACCGUCCUACACCAUGGCGAGGUCCAAACCAGCAGUAGUAUGUUCCGUAAGAAGAAAGAGUACCUGGUCUUGACAGACUCUCACAUCUUGCGCUACAAGAACCAGUCAAAGGCUGCCGAAAUCAUUGCCUCCGUUCCACCUCCAUUUGGAAGAAGUCCAACAAUCCGCCAUAGCUCGACACACUCGAUUGACUCAUCCCAAGACCUGCAGUCACUACACUCCGACUCCUCGGGCGACAAGGAAGGUCGAGUCACCCUUCGUCAUAUUGUCGCUGCCCAUAGGCUCGAUGAUGGUCGCCCUUACUUUGCUAUCGAGGUCUGUUAUCUUGACGAGGACGGCUCCCAGGCUUCGGCUAUGGUCAUGCAAUUUGGAGACCCCGAAGAUCGAGACUUGUGGUUGCGCUCGAUCCGCAUGGCUGCCAACAAGGCUCGUCUUCAAGACCUCAACCCAAUUUCCGUCGUCAAUUCCAAAAAUGCUGCACGCGCUGUCGAGCGUGAAAACGAUUACGACCCUGCCAACUAUGCCAUCUACAAAGUCAUACAGCGUCAGUUCUCAAAGUCGCGCUCUUCCACCGACGACUUGUCCAAGAUUGCAUCCACCGUCUGCUUCUUAGCUAUCGGCAUCCACAAAGUCCAUGUCAUCCCGCUGGUGAAAACCACCAGCCGUGUGUCGUCUCCUUCGCUCUCUGCAGGAAACGUUCCGACCUCAUACGGCAUUCUUAACAUGACUGCUAUUCGACUCAGCCACUCAGAUGACCAUUUUGAAAUGACAUUUCGCCAACCUCUCAAACGACCAAAAACUCUUUACCUCGCCUCACUCGCUUCUCAGGAUAUAGCUCUACGUCUGCAUCAUGUCGAAAACAUUCUGCGACCUGAGUGUGCAUCACGUAUGUUCAAGUUCAGUGUACCCCGGGAAAUCGAUGAUCAGCUCCCUCCUUCCAUAAAUUCAGAUGCGGAAGAUCACUGUUGUUUCGAGCGAACACUCACUGCAUACUGUAUUGCUUACGAUGUCAACCCAUCAAACAUCUGCUAUACGAUUGAUUACUCAUGUGAAGAUGCACCUCGCUUUCAACUACUUCCACUGGCUGAUGCACGCCGGCAAAAGUACAGUGCGGCUGAGUUGUUGGCCGUCAUGCGCGCCUUGCGAUACAACGAAUCCUUUAAUUCGCUCUCAUUCGCCGACGUUCAACUUGAUAUACUUAACGGACUCCACGACAACUAUGGUUCCGAAUAUGUCUGUACGAAAACGAAGCGAGGAACGCCAAUUCGCCUGACUACAGAAGAGCUUGCUCAGUCUUGCCUGUUGAUUCAAGAAGUCCGUGCACUGGCUGCUACAAACAAGAAGCUUCGAAGAAUGGACUUUUCUAGGUGUAUCGUCGCGAAACCUCCCGACUAUACUGAUGAUUCAGACGCCAAGAUUAAGGACAUAGGAUGUGGUGUGGUCGAGGCCCUAUCACCACUAUGCAAGCACCAAACCACUAACGUCGAUUGGAUUGUCUUAAAUGGUAUCCAUCUUAGCGAAACCGAUCUUGACUACUUAGUUGGUGCAGCAAGUGACAAGGCCUGUCAUUUCCGCGCUAUCGAAUUGAGCAGGUGUUCGUUGACCGAUCGUACGUUAAGUCUGAUCCUGGAUUCUCUACGCGCCCAGGACAAUACUUUGGAAGCUUUGGACAUUUCUGGAAAUCUUGCACGACUUGCACCAGCCGUGUUCGACGGACAGAUUGGUGUAUUUGGCUUCAUCCGCAAACUCAAUCUGUCCUUCGCGUCCCGAACCUCAGGGGCUGAGCCUUUGUUCAAUGCUGAAACUCUUUUGACCUGGCGUUUGGAGGAGCUCAGACUGACUGGUACAUCGCUUAACGAAAACACAAUCCAGGCGCUGGCAACCUACCUCAAGCAUCCUCAAUCAGACACGCUUCGAGAAUUAUACCUGGACUCUGCAUACAUGUCUGGCAGUGACAUCGCAACGAUCAUGCGCGCCACUAAGCGUGGUUCUAUUGAGCCUCGUUCUCUUCAUCUUGACAUCAGUCACAACAAUGUCACCAAGGACCAUGAUCACAUGUGUAGGGCUAUCGCAGACGGUUCAACACCUACACACAUCACCCUCCGCGCCAUUGAGUAUCGGGAAGAGUCGGUCUUCCGACAUUUGAUCAACGCUCUGAGACAAAACCACAGUAUCGUAUAUCUUGAUAUCUCGAGAACAACAUUACCCAGUGACGCCAACGAUGACACCAGUCGUGCAUUGGAAUCUCUCUUCGCAGAGAAUUCCACGCUUGAAGAACUAGAUAUCUCAGGAGAAGAUUCGCGAUUGGAGAGUUCACGAUUCGGUGUCGGACUCAACCAAGCACUUAACGGUCUUCGCCACAACACAGGCUUACAUGUGCUCCGUGUUCAAUACCAGAGACUUGGUCUACCUGGCGCUAGUAUGCUAGCAGAAGUUCUUAAGAUCAACAGGACCUUGCGUGAGCUACACUGCGAGCACAAUGACAUUCCCCUAUCCGCGUUCACCGACAUGAUAAAUGCGCUAGGCAAGAACACGGCUUUAGUGUAUAUGCCAUAUCUGGACGAGAGCCGGCUGGCAGCCUUGAAGCAGACCGAGGCUCAAGUCAAGCACAUACGCGACGAAGUAUCAGCUAAUACUGCUCCUCUGAGGCCUUCAGUAUCUGCACCUCUCGCCAAGCCACCUCCUUCCUCAGCCUCGUCUUCAACCUUUCGAAAAGGUCUUGCCAACAUGAAAAGGAGUGUCAAUCGUGCCUCCUCAGCAGCGCCUCCUUCUUUUCCCUCCUUGGCUCCCUCACCACGUCAUACCUCGACUCCGCCAUCAUCGUCACGGCCCUACUCGCCCUCGAAGACGAAAGUCAACAACAUGGGCGGCUUACCCAUCGCUGCGCCUUCCGCUUCGCUUACGGACCAGGACAUACAAGCCGCAUUACGCCUAGUAACAGAGUCAUGGGACCGUCAACAAUACCGGCUUCAACAGUAUCUUGAGCGAAAUUGUUGUAUCUUACAUGAUAUACCAACAUCCAUGGACAUUGAGGAGGAAGCAUUCGAACGCGUGACUAGCGUUGGCACCUUGUCUCAGCUUAUUGAGAAGGUAAAGUUGGAUUCUACGCCCACCGCCGAGAAAGAGCUGGACUUUGGUGAUGGCUAUCGAACGGGAGAAUUGAGUGUCGUCGGAGACGAUGAUGACACGAAACCACAAGAAGGUCUGAGGUUGACCCUGCCACCCCGAUUGCAGUUGCGACAUGAUCUUGACGAGGACGAACAGCCAUCCGUCAGUUUCAAGCAAUUUUUGUUGGGCCACCAUAACGUGAGUAGUCCUGAAGAUAUGGUUGACGGUGUGAGUUUUUCGGGUGCCGCCACAGAAGGCGAGGACAGUGAGUUGCCCAGUCCUGUACUUGAAAUGGGUGGUCCUGGAGUCAAAGGGUUCGCUGGUCUCGGCAUCAAUCAAGCCGACCUCAAAACACCUACGCAGAAGAGCUUCUUUGGUUGAUUAUGAUCACCCUCCUUCUCUUUUGCUCGCAUGUUUUUUCAUUCCCUAUCCUUCAUUUCAGGAGUCAACGAUGAUUGAGGUUCUUUUGUAUACCCAGGUACAGGGCACGGUUGGAACAGCAUAGGAAGGAAUGGUAACAGGCGCGGAUGAUCGGAUGCGCAGAUAAAUGGCAUGGAGUCUAGGUGAAACGCAUGUCGCAACAACACAGCGCCAUAUUUUGUUCAUAAUGUCGUAUGACAAUCAAAUUUAUCGGACCAAUCGAGUUUAUCGAAAUCAUCAAACAUCCUAGAUAGGAACAACUCCAUUCCGCCUGUGG